AACCCAGGUAUGAUUCUGGUUUCAGCUCCUUUGAUUAGUAACAAUUACCGUUCUUGGAAUAGAGCUAUGAAGAUUGCUUUGGGUGGCAAGCAAAAAUUAGGGUUUAUAGAUGGAACUGUCAAAGUUCCCGAAGAGGAUUCUGGUGAACACGACAUAUAGAGAAAGUGUGAUUUCAUGGUAACUUCUUGGAUUAUGAAUUCAAUAUCCAAAGAAUUAGCCGAGGCUUUCAUCUACACUACGUCUGCGAAGGAGUUAUGGGAUAAAAUUGGAGAAAGGUAUGGGCAGAGUAAUGGUCCACUUAUAUUUCAGAUUCAGGGGAAAAUUGCUUCAAUGGUUCAAGAUAACAUGUCUGUGUCUGUGUAUUUUACCAAGUUAAAGAAGUUGUGGGAUGAGCUUGCUAGUAUAGAUCCAUAGCCUGUUUGUACAUGUGGUGCUGCAAAGGAAAUCACAGAAAUUGCUAACAAAGGGAAAUUGAUGCAGUUUUUUAUGGGGUUAAAUGACAGCUAUGAACAAUCAAGAAACCAGAUUUUAUUGUCAGAUUCUUUGCCGUCUGUUGAUAAGGCGUAUUCAAUGAUUCUCAAAGUAGAGUCACACAGGCAAAUGGUUAAUUCUUACACUAAAUCAGUUGAGUCAAUAGCUUUGCAAGCACAGUCACAGGGUUAUAGGAAAGACCAGAGAAAGAAUGAUAAAAGAAAGCGUCAUUGCAACUAUUCUAAUCAGGAUGGGCAUGUGAAGGAUACUUGUUUCAAGUUAAAUGGUUAUCCGGAUUGGUGUAAAGGUAGAAGGAAUUCACAGGGCACUAAUUCUGCUAGCAUUACUUCUGUUGGUUCUCAACAACUGCAGCAACUGAAGUCUACUCCUCAAAAUGCACAUAAUAGAUUUGUAACAGCUUAUGUGGCAGAAACUCCUCUUGAAAGGGAAGUAUCAGCUAGUACUGAUAGGAUUGAGGAAAUAAGUGCCUUGCUGGGUAACUUACAGCAGGAAGUGCAGCACUCUUUGAAAGGAAAAAGCUCUGUUGUAGCAUCUGCUGUUUCUCAACAUCUUUCACCAGGGCAAUUUAAUUCUCAUUUUGUUGGCAUUUCUGCUCUUUCUAGUGUUAAUUGUGUUUAUACAUAUUUGGAUCAUGUCUGGAUCAUUGACACAGGGGGCCACUGAUCACAUGACCCCCAAUUCUACAUUUUUUUCAAAACUUACUAAUGUUGUUGUUCCAAUUUCAGUACAUUUACUAAAUGGUAGUUGCUCUCAAGUAACUAAAACUGGAAAUGUUUGUCUUUCACCUUCCCUGACCUUGUUUGAUGCCUUAUUUGUUCCUGAUUUUCAUUAUAACUUUUUUUCUGUUCCCAAAUUGCUUUCUACAGUUCAAAUGUCUAUCUUCUUCACUGCUGCUUAUUGUUUCUUUCAGGACCUGAGGACUGAUACAAUAGUGGCAGUGGGAAAAGUGGUUCAAGGCCUCUAUACAUUGGAUCAUUCUAGUUUUUUGCCUUCAAUGAUAGCUAAAUGUGUUUGAAUAAAGUUCCAAGACAUAGGAGUGCAGAAGUGCUACUGAUACACUUUACACGAGUCGUGUAAGCAAUGCCACAGACCCGUGUAACCUACUGCUAGGGGAAAACUAAAAGAGCCAAGGAAAAAAACUCAGUACACGGGCCGUGUACAGAGACCCGUGUAAACCAUGGAGACCCGUGUAAGUCUCUGCCUAGCCAGGAUUAAGGAUCUCUCUGUAAAGCAAAAGAACACAGGUCGUGUAAUUGGACUCGUGUAACCAGCAAUGCCCUGUAUAAUCUUCUGUACCAAUACGAUAUGCAGUCUGCAAAGCUCUAGUAAGUUACACGGCCCUGGGCCGUGUAGUGACACACAGGCCAUGUAUUAGCCAACGACCACUUUCCUGAUUUGGCUCCAGCUCCAGUCUUGACAAAGAGAAGAGACUUUUAAUACUUCUGGAACUCUGAAAACCUAAUCCUAGGCACUGAAUAUAAAUAGAAGCAGCAGAAAGCAGAAAAGAGGGGGGAUCCAGAGCCGAACAAUAACACCUUCAUCAUUUUCUCACAACCGCCAAGAAGAGUAGUGUAUCAGUAUCAAGGAGGAGCCUUCAGCUGAAGUUCUACAAUAUCAAAGCUGCAGAUUCUUUUCAGUUCUUUUGUUCUAUUUCUUUAAGCGAACUUUUAUUGUUCUUUUAUUUUAUUUUUAUUAUGUUUGCUGAACUCAUCAUGAGUGAGUAAUUUUCAUAUUCUGGGAUUAGGAGAAUAACGCUUGUAAUCAUUAUUAUGGACAAAUAUUGAGUUUUAUUUAUUAGAUUUGAGAUUUGUUCUUUGA